UGGUGUGUCUUUCUGCUUCUUUUAUUCCUCUUCUAAGUCAGUGUGCUAUGUGAAGUGGAUUAGUGCAGCGAUUUAUAAAGAAAUAAGAUCAUUUCCUGCAAGUGAAAUCCAAUCCUAGAAGACAGAUGAGGGAAUAAAAGAGAAAUAAACACCGAGCCUGUGGACUGGGUGGCGGAGAGACAGAGACGGAGAGUAAGAGAAUGUGAUAGCGCGAGUAUGUGAGAGAACAAGUGAGGGGGAGGCGAGUGAGAGAGAGAGAGAGGGAGAGAGAAAGAGAGAGAGUGCUAGAAAAGGUACCAGUGUGAAAUGAGAUGCUGAACAUUGGAGGGAUGCUGAUUGGACACCUGCUGCAGGAGAACUGAAAGACGCUUUAAAAUCAAGCUGACUGAAGGAAAUGAGGAGAAAUCUCUAACUUGUGGGCAGAAGAGAAAGAAAGAAACAGACGAGAAGAGCUUUCGCAGACGGAGCGGCGGAGUGUGGUAUGCGGUGCGAGGUCCGUAUCUGGGAGAAAAGAGUAAAAGAUGUAAAAGAGUGAAGAUGGUUUUUGUUGCAUUUCAACAGGAAAUGUGGACUUUUGAUGGACUGAGGCGAUAGCUGCAUAUCCACACAGAUACGUGGACGACAGUCAUGGCACAUGAUUGAGUAAAAAUAAUCAAAGCGAGCAUCUUCAAAGAACAAACUGAAUCAACCGGAUGAAGUGCGCUCAUCCAACGCAGUUCAUCUGUCCGGACACCUUGAAGGAAGGAUCAUCCUUUUCUCUCUUCUAUCCAUCUCUCCACUUGUUUUCUCCAUAACUCUUCUCCUUCACCUGUUCUUUGUUGGGAUGGAGUGAUUUCCAGAGAGUGGAUAGCAGUCAUGCCUGUAAUGAAGGGGCUCCUCGCCCCCCAGAAUACUUUCCUGGACACCAUCGCCAAGCACUUCGAUGGCACCCACAGCAACUUCCUGCUGGGGAACGCACAAGGCUGUCGCGGUUAUCCUAUCGUCUACUGUUCCGAUGGCUUCUGUGAACUGACCGGCUUUGCACGAACCGAGGUCAUGAAGAAGACGUGUACGUGCCGCUUUCUCCACGGAGAGGAAACGAGCGAGAGAGUGACUCAACAAGUGCAGAAAACUCUGGAAGGCCAGAGAGAAUACCAGGCCGAGGUCCGCUACUACAGGAAGAACGGAACUGCGUUCUGGUGCCUGCUGGACAUUGUGCCUAUAAAGAAUGAGAAAGGAGAAGUGGUGCUGUUCCUGUUCUCCUUCAAAGACAUAACCGACUCGUACGGAAAGACGCACCACGGCUCCAAGAUGCAGGAAGAUGGCAGUCAGAACAGGAAGUCCAGCCGUUCUCAUCUCAGUCGAGCGCGCGAGCGAGGGCGGAGUGUCCUGUACCACCUGACCAGUCAGUUCACCAACAGAAACAAAGGGAAACUGGCAAAUAACGUUUUCCCGAAGCCCACACUUCCUGAGUACAAGGUAGCGUCAGUCCAGAAGUCCCGCUUCAUCCUGCUCCAUUACAGUGUCUGCAAAGCAUUGUGGGACUGGUUAAUCCUCCUAGCGACGUUCUACGUAGCCGUCACCGUCCCGUACAACGUGUGCUUCUCCGCCCCCGACGACGGUAACCACGACGACCCGGAGUGUGACUCCUCCUACCGAAGCACUAUAGUCAGCGAUAUAGCGGUGGAGAUGCUCUUCAUCCUCGAUAUCAUCCUGAAUUUCCGCACUACUUAUGUGGGGCCGGCCGGACAGGUGGUGUAUGACGCUCGCUCCAUCUGUCUUCAUUAUUCUGCCACUUGGUUCAUCCUGGACCUCAUCGCUGCCCUGCCCUUUGACCUGCUCUACGCUUUUAACAUCUCAGUGACAUCUUUAGUUCACCUGCUGAAGACGGUACGUCUGCUGCGUCUGCUGCGUCUGCUGCAGAAGGUGGACCGGUACUCUCAGUACAGCGCCGUGGUGCUCACGCUCCUCAUGUCCGUCUUCGCUCUGCUCGCGCACUGGCUCGCGUGCGUCUGGUACGUCAUCGGCCGCAAAGAGCUCGCCAGCAACGACCCGGUCACCUGGGACAUCGGCUGGCUGCAGGAGCUGGGGAAGCGCUUGGAGACUCCUUACACAAACGGCACAGUUGGCGGGCCUUCCAUGCGCAGCGCCUACAUCGCCUCGCUCUACUUCACCCUUAGCAGUCUGACCAGCGUGGGUUUCGGCAACGUCUGUGCCAACACCGACGCCGAGAAAAUCUUCUCCAUCUGCACCAUGCUGAUCGGAGCUCUGAUGCACGCUGUGGUGUUUGGCAACGUGACAGCCAUCAUUCAGCGCAUGUACUCACGCCGCUCCCUCUACCACACGCGCAUGAAGGAUCUGAAGGACUUUAUCCGCGUGCAUCGCCUGCCUCAGCAGCUAAAGCAGCGCAUGCUGGAGUAUUUCCAAACCACUUGGUCGGUUACCAAUGGGAUCAAUGCUAACGAGCUACUGCAUGACUUCCCCGAUGAGUUACGGGCCGACAUCGCCAUGCACCUCAACAAGGACAUCCUGCAGCUGCCCCUCUUCUCCUCCGCCAGUAGAGGGUGCCUGCGUUCACUCUCUCUGCACAUCAAGACUUCUUUCUGUGCUCCGGGGGAAUAUCUCAUCCGACAUGGAGACGCCCUGCACGCUCAUCACUUUGUUUGCUCUGGAUCUCUAGAGGUCCUUAAGGACGGGAUGGUGCUUGCCAUAUUGGGUAAGGGAGAUCUGAUUGGAGCAGACCUGCCUGGGCGGGAUCAGGUGAUCAAGGCCAAUGCGGAUGUGAAGGCUCUGACCUACUGUGACCUGCAGUACAUCAGUAUCAGGGCGCUGCGCGAGGUCCUCGAUCUCUAUCCUGAAUACGGCAACCGCUUCAACGAGGACAUUCAUCACAACCUCACAUACAACCUCAGAGAGGGUCAGACUCGAUUUCCUCGCUCUCCGAGGAUCUCACAGAGUCGUUCCGAGUCCCUCCUUACUCCCGAGCCGAAGUUGCCGUUUAUCGUAGAAGCCGAGGACGAGGACGAUCCGGGACAGGAAGUAGGCAGGCAGCCUUUACUCUCCAGCAUGGAAGGAAACUCAAACCAUUCUGCUCUGAGCGCCAUGUUAGGGGAGGAGUUAAGGCAUUUCGGCAUGCUCCGCCUCUGCCGCUCUCCAACACAAGGCUACAGAGGACAGAGCCCCUCCCCUAACCCACCAGCCGGCGAGGAGCUUUGCCCCCCCGUGAUAGAUACCGGCCCCGUCAACCGUCCAGCCAAACUGCUCAUCCCCUCGCUCACCUGCGUCAGUCCACUAGACCUGAGCCCCAGGGUGGUGGACGGUAUCGAGGACAACGAACCGGUGUUUCACUUCAACGUGGAGCCCAGUGAGGUCACCUCUAAUCGUAGGGCCAAAGAUCCUUUUCAGGUCAAUGCAAACCUUUUACUUGAGACAGAAGAAGUUAGACAAAGCAUCUCCCAGCUCAACACAGAGAUGAACCGCUUGAACCAGGAAGUGUCCAAUCUAGCCAAAGGUCUGCAUGAGAUGAUGCACUUCCUGCAUACCCACGUGACCAUGUCCCACUUCCCUUCCCCUCUCGCAUCAUACUCAUCAUUUAGCCUCCACACGCAAACCAGCAACACCAGCCUGACACCAUCUCCCUCUGACUGGCCGCCUCGGAUGUCUUUCAACAUGACCGCAGCUUCUGGCUGUGGUUGCGGAAGAGGCUCUGUUCUGGGACAGGAAGUGGAAAGGGAGCAUCUCCAUCCACCUCCAAGUUCUCCACACAGCACCUGCUCUCACUCUCUGUGCUGCCCCGAACAGGAAAGACUUUCAGCCUUGGGUCUGGAGAGUCAACCGAGCAUGUACCAAGCGUCCAGGACAACACCAAAUUCGCAAUACGUGGGCCACUCAGCUAACCGUGCAGUGCCCUGUCUUCUCAGCCUGGCUCCGAGCUUCCCUUCAGUCUCAGGACCUAGCAGGAUAGCACCUCAAACAAACUCUCCAAGCAAAGCUUUGUGUUCGCAUGGCAGCCUUAGUCAGUCACAUUCCUCUCUAAGCCUGCAGACCACCCCUGACCUCACGUGCCAACGUUCCACACCCAUCCACAUCUCUCUUACCCCAACUGGCCAAUCACAGCCCUUUACAGCCGUGAGUCCACUUACACAUGCUGGAAUUUGUAGCCCGAGCUCCUUACACCUACCUACAGGGCCUAGACAAAACGACCUAGUCGGGUCGAGUCCUGUUCACCUGCAUGACCCCACCCCGACCCCUACUGGGGAAAUGACUGAUACAGAGAACUUGGGUCCUGCAGGAGUCUGAAUCCAGUAUUUACUACAGUUCAUACAGUGUUGAGAAAUGCACUGCACUGCAUGCCAGUUCCUCCCAAACAAAAGCAGUGGUGUUGCAAAGAGUUUACAGUCUGCACAAAAAUGUGUUUUGUUUUGUUUCUGCUUUGCUUACACUAUUACCUCAUAAUCUCCAUUGCAGCUAGCUUCACCAAAGAACAAGUGCUGCUUGGCAUUUCAAACAAAACCAGACACGAAUGUUUAAGUGACGACACAUACAAGGUACAAACUCUUCAAAUGGACCAUAUACACUAUAUUGCCAAAAGUUUUGGGACCCCCCCUUCAAAUCAUUGAAUCCAGGUGUUGUUUUUCAGGGGUUCGGCUUGGCCCCUUAGUUCCAGUGAAAGGAACUCUUAAUGCUUCAGCAUACAUUUUAGACAAUUUCAUGCUCCAAACUUUGUCCAUAAAGGAGGGUCCAUAAGGUCGAUAAAGACACGGAUGAGUGAGCUUGGUGUGGAGGAACUUGACUGGCCUGCACAGAGUCCUGACCUCAACCCGAUAGAACACUUUUGGGAUGAAUUAGAGCGGAGACUGUGAGCCAGGCCUUCUCGUCCAACAUCAGUGUCUGACCUCACAAACGCGCUUCUAGAGGAAUAGUCAAAAAUUCCCAUAAACACACUCCUAAACCUUGUGGAACGCUUUCCCAGAAGAGUUAAAGCUGUUAUAGCUGCAAAGGGUGGGACAACUCCAUAUUACAUUCAUGUGCAUGUGAAGGCACAUGUUCUAUCAGGACUCUGUGCAGGUCAGUCAAGUUCCUUCACACCAAACUCCCUUUAUGGACUCUUUAUGGUCAUCUUGGAAUAGGAAGGAAACUUUUCCCACAUGAAUUUUAUGGGAGCAUGAAAUUGUCCAAAAUGUCUUGGUAUGCUGAAACAUUAAGAGUUCCUUUCAUUGGAACUAAGAGUCCCUGAAUUCAAUGAUUUGAAGGGGUGUCCCAAAACAUUUGCCAAUAUAAUGUAUAUGCUCCCAAAUUCUUGGAUUAUGAUGUAGAGAUAUUUGUAUGCUAAACAAACCAAAAAGUCACUUCCCAUUACUUGAAAAGUCUUUAGUCCAUGCCUCCUGAAGGCCCUUGGUGUAACUUAAGUAGUUAGUUCCAAUACCUCCCAGGAGUAUCACCUAUCUUUAAAAAAAAAAAAAAAAAGAUUUCCCAAAGCAGAUUUUCUGAUACUGGUCAUUUUGUUAUACAUGUUCUAUAAGAGGACUGAAGAAUUGGUAUUGAGAAACAACAACUACACAAAAAUGUAUAUAGCAAAUAUGGUUGCAUUUCCCAAAUCUGUCUAUGAAACAAGCAAGGUGGAGAAAACGGACAAUGAGAAAAGGACAGCCCUGGAAGUCCUGACCUUAUAUCAGCCCCUCUCAUUAGUGCACAGAUGACAGUAGCUGAUAUGGCAGUAGAGUAGAGGUUAAAACCUGAAGAGUUUGAAACAUAGUCCUUAUGUAAGACACAAGCGGCCAUAUGCAGCACAAGUGAAGGAGAUUGAAGCAGUUUCUACAAGAAUAAGUUCCCAGACACCGAUUGGGAAUCAUUCUUAACCUGGAUUAGACUCCAGUUGUGUCGUUAACAGCAAAGUUCAGCAUGUUUUAAACACUAAAAAGUAGGCUACUUUAACUAAAAAUAGGUUGACAUUCAGCAGCACUUUGCAAAUAGAACACCAAGGUCAUCCUAUUUGCAGUGACAAUGCUGGUGGAGUAAGAUUUACAAGACUUGUGCAGCUCUGUCCAUUCGAGUCAAAUAAUUAUUAUACAAUGUCAACAUUAUGUUGGCCUAUGUUGGUGAUUAAAUAUUUAAAAGCACUGAAAUUACAUCUAAAGUGGUUCAGUGACAGCAGGGAGUUCGAUCCAGAGCUUGGGUAGCGCAUGUUUUCAUGUGUCUACAUGAUUUUGAUUGAGGUUCUCCGUUUUCCUUCCAACUUCCAGAAAUAUGCUGGUUGAUGGAUUGGCUACUUAAUGGGAAACAUUCCCAUUUUAAGUUGUGAGUUCAAAUCCCAGGUCUGCCACUGCUGGGCCCUUGAGCAAGGCCCUUAACCCCCAAUUGUUCAGUUAUAUAAUAAAAAAUUUAGAUAAAAUGUAAGUUGCUCCAGAUAAGGGUGUCUGCCAAAUGGCAGAAAUUUAAGCGAUUAAGUAAGGAUGAGAUAUUGAAUUGUUUGGCACAUUUCAGCAAAGCAGAUACACCUACACUGGGCAGGAAAUGCAGCAUAGUUGAAUGCUUCUGGGACAAAAGAAUAAAUAAAGUGCUGGUUGGAUAACUACACAGGUUGCUAACUAGAUAUCCAUCUAUCCGAACAUUUUCUGUAGCGCUUAUCCUACACAAGGUCACAGGAAUCUGGAGUUUAUUCCAGGUGAUGUAAGGCUAACUCUAGACGGGUUGCCAGUUCAUCGCAGCAUAGUUGGAUAAAGUGGUGGUUAGAUAAGUACACAGGUUGCUAACUAGAUAUCCAUCUAUCUGUACAUUUUCCGAAGAUCCUAUCCGACACAGGGUGACAGGAAUCUGGAGUUUAUCCCAGGUGAUGUGAGGGCAACUCUAGAAAUGGUUGGCAGUUCAUCGCAGAAUAGUUGGAAUUGUUUUUUUAGAAAAAAGUUGACAUAAAGUGGUGGUUAGAUAACCACAGGUUGCUAACUAGAUAUCCAUCAAUUCAUACAAUUUGUGUAGUACUUGUCCUACACAGAGUCACUGUAAUCUGGAGUUUAUCCCAGGUGAAGUGAGGGUAACUCUAGACGGGUUGCCAGUUCAUUGCAGCAUGGUUGGAAAUUUCUUAGAAAACAUAAGACAUAAAGUCCUGGUUAGACAACUACACAGGUUGCUAACUAGAUAUCCAUCAAUCCAUACAAUUUGUGUAGCACUUGUUCUGUACAGAGUCACAGGAAUCUGGAGUUUAUCCCAGGUGAUGCUAGACGGGUUGCCAGAUUGUUCCAUCCAUGGGUGCAAUCUCACACACACAAACACACUUAAUCACACUUUUAGAGAUGCCAAUCAGCCUACAGCGCAUGUCUUUGCACUAGAUAAGGAAACUGGAGUCCCCAGUGAAAACCCUAAAGCACAGGGAGAACAUGCAAACUCCAAGGACACAGGUUACAGGCGGGAAUCGAACCCCGAACCCUGGACGGACGAGACAAUCGUGUAAACAUUCACACUUUAAUUUCUCGUCUGAAACAGUACAAAUGAGUGUAAUGCAUUCUGAGCAAACGCCCGAUUGAUUCCGAACUGCCUGUGCGAUCGAGACUGCAGUAGGAGCAAGGGUCACAAGGGUCACAAGGGUCAGAUUUUAAAAUAUUUUCUGGAACGCAUGCUACUGUUUUCUACCAUGGAUAUGCUGCUUGAGUUUGUUUGUAAAGCCUAAAGUAAAUGUACUGUCGAGAAACCGACGCCGGCACGAGGAAUGCUGCGCUAAUUCACUUUUCACGCUGCAUGAUCUUACUUUAAGAUAUUUCCUUCUGUGUUUUUCUGUCUUUCGUUCAGACCACAGCGAGGCGGCAGAAGGGAAUAUUUGGAAGACUCGCCGCUAUACGCUUUGAGUAGCUCGUCGUUUGGGUUUUGGUUCGGUUAGUAAAUGCUGCGAUAAUAUUAUCCUCCACGAUUUCUAAUUAAAAACAAAAAUCCUUUAUGUUAGUGCACAGCUUUUCGGGCUGUGUGAGGAUUCUAUUUUCAUAUUUUAUUUUGUACUAAUUAUUAAUCGUCCUGCUGAUUUCUUUGACUGAAAAAAACCCCAGAAACUUGUUCAUUUUUAUUAUAAUAUUUUAAAGGCUUUUUUUUUGUGAGUUAUCUUCAAAUGAUGGAAACGUGUUUGCCUGCAUUUUGGUGUCUUAUUUGCAUUGAAUUAUUUUUCCUUUUUUGCUCCGUAAUGUAAUGUUUAGUUACAAUGCAUUAACUGCUGAUUAAAGUGUACUGUAUAAAAGAAAUUAAACACGCUGCGUU